CGUCGUCCUAGUCCGAAAAAAGUCGUGACCUCUUAUUCUCAACCCAGGCCUGGAAAGAACGCGUGAUAUACGCCCGCUGGGCCGGGUGAUUCCUGAAGAUCUCUUGGUCCAUGAUUUCUUUCACUUUCAGGAGAAAUAAAUCGGAGGCGGGAACCACAAGUCUCCGUGGCCGGGCGGAGCUGAUAUUCCCUUGGAAUUACUUGCAGCUUUUCAGACAGUAAUAUCAUUAGUGGUGAUAUCUAAUGGCAGGGAUUUUGCGCUUAAUGACCCAGAGCCCUCCAGGUAGAGUACAGAAUGUGACAAAAAGUCUGGAAUCUCUCUCCUCAACUGAUUGGAUUCGGCAUAAAUUUACCAAGUCAAGGAUUCCAGAUAAAGUAUUUCAGCCUUCACCUGAAGCUCAUGAAAAAUAUGGUGGGGACCCUCAACACCCUCAUAAAUUACACAUUGUUACCAGAAUUAAAAGUGUGCAAAGACGACCAUAUUGGGAAAAAGAAAUCAUAAAGGUUCUUGGACUGGAAAAAGCACAUACUCCACAAGUGCAUAAGAAUAUCCCUUCAGUGAAUGCAAAAUUGAAAGUGGUUAAGCAUCUAAUAAGAAUCCAACCAUUAAAAUUACCACAAGGACUUCCAACAGAAGAAGAGAUGUCAGAAACUUGCCUCAAGACCACAGGUGAACUAGUAGUUCGGUGGCAUCUAAAGCCAAUGCAACAAAAGGCAAUUAAGGCCUAAUUGCUUUCUUACUUUCUUCAAAUAUUCUUCACAUUUUUAUUAAAAUAUGUUUUAAACAUCAGUGGUCUUCAUUAACUGAGCCCUCCUCCUUAGAUGUUUGAAUGUGUUGGAUUGCUAACAGUAAUCUUUAUCAUUAUUCAAUUAAUAGGUAAUAUUUAACUGUGCUUUCAAAAAUCCUUCUAAUAUAAAUCAAAGACCAGAAUUACAAUCUUCAAAGAAGCUGUCAAAAGACAGUUCUUGAUCAAAGACCAGAAUUACAAUCUUCAAAGAAGCUGUCAAAAGACAGUUCUUGAUUAAGUAAACAAAUUGAUCUUUUUAAACCAACCUUUCCCAUCAUCUUUUCUCCUUAUAACCAACUAUUAAUAGCAGCUACCAGACUUUUACUUACUUAAAGCCUUUGUCCUCCAAAUCCCAUUUUUUAAAAAUAGCUUUUUUAUUUACAAGUUAUAUGUAUGGGUAAUUUUACAUCAUUGACAAUUGCCAAACCUUUUGUUCCAAUUUUUCCCCUCUUUCCCCUGACCACCUCUCCUAGAUGGCAGGAUAACCUGUAGAUGUUAAAUAUAUUAAAGUAUAAAUUAGAUACACAAUAAGUAUACAUGACCAAACUAUUAUUUUGCUGUACAAAAAAGAAUCGGGCUCUGAAAUAUUGUACAAUUAACCUGUGAAGGAAAUCAAAAAUGCAGGCAGGCAAAAAUAUAGGGAUUGGGAAUUCAGUGUAAUGGUUCUUAGUCAUCUGCCAGAGUUCUUUCGCUGGGCAUAGCUGGUUCAGUUCAUUACUGCUUCAUUGAAACUGACCUUCCUUAAUCUGCUAAAAUGGAUUUAGUAAUCCCAUAAACUUUGAUUACCUGACUUUAUUUCUAUAAUUCCAACAUAGCCAAAGUCGAAAUGACAGGAGGAAAAAAUGUCUUUCAGGAUUUUUUUUUUCUUAUAACUUAAUCUCCCAUGAAAAACUUAAAGUGGGAAUUAGGCUUCCUUACUAGAACAAUUGUUCCAGCUAUGGAAGUUCAUUAAUCUUCCCUUUUUAAACACUCUGGUACAACUCUUAGAAGUUUUUCUGCAGCUCUUGAAAAAGAUCCCAAUAUGAAAACUCCAGCCAAAUUUCAGAGCUCCCAGGUAAAGGAAAAAAUACAAUCAGCCAGAAGAAAAAAUUCAAGUUUCAUGGAGCCAUCAGGAUGACACAAGAUUUAGCAGCUUCCAUAUUAAACAGAGAGCUUAGAAUAUGAUAUUCCAGAGGACAAAGGAAUUAGGAUCACAGCCAAGAAUUACCUAUGCAGCAAAACAGUAUAAUCCUUUUGGGGGAAAUGGACAUUCAAGGAAAUAAAGGACUUUCAGGCAUUCUUAAUGAAAAGACCAGAGCUGAAUAGAAAAUUUAACUUUCAAAUACAAGACUCCAGAACAGCAUAAAAAGGUAAACAGGAAAGGGAAAUCAUAAGGGACUUAUUAAUAUUCUUACAUGGAAGAUGCUGCUUUAUUUUUUACAUUCCUAUGUGGGAAGAUGAUACUUUUAACUCAUAAGAACUUUCUCAUCAUUAGGGCAAAGGAAGAGAGAGUAUAGACAGAAGGCACAGUUGUUAGUUGAAUGUGAAGGGAUAUGUUAAAAAAAAAAAUAAAAUUAAGGGGUGAGAGGAAUGUACUAGGAGAAGGCAAAAGAGACAGGUAGAAUUGGAUAAAUUAUUGCACAUAAAAGAGGCAAGAAAAAGCUACAGUGGAGGAGAUAAAGGGGAGUGAGUUAACCUUAUUCUCAUCAGAAUUGGCUCAAAGAGAGAAUAACAUAUAAACUCAUUUGCGUAUGGAAAUCUCUGACCUAAUACAACUAGAUCUGUAUCCCCAAAGAGAAUUAAAUAGAAGAAGUUUCAGCAAUAUAAGAUGUGAAUGACCUAAUUAUUCUCAGCAAUACAAUGACCCAAGACAUUCUUAAGGAGUUGUGAAGAAAAAUGCUAGCCAUGUCCAGAGAAAGAACUGGUAUCUGAAUGCAGAUUGAAGCAUAUUUCUUUAAUUUUCUUGAGAGGGUUUUUUGGGAGGUGGGGAGCAGGAUCCAUAUUUUCUUUCAGGUCUUGACUUAUGGAAAUAUUUUGCAUGACUACAUAUGUGGAACCUAUAUUGAAUUGCUUGCAUUCUCAAUGUGGGGUAAGGGAAGAAAGAGAAUCUGUAAUUCAAAAUUUUUAAAAAUUAAUAUUAAAAUUUAUUUUUAUAUGUAACUGGGGCGGGGAGAAUAAAAUACAAAGUCCACAGUU